UUUGUGGGCUGUCCAUUGGCUGGCGCAGUGAUGGUUAGCCCUCCCAUGUUUUUCUAUGGUGCUUGUGGGCUACUCAUUCCGGCAGCUGCAUCGCUGAACAGUGACCUUCUCUCCUUCAUUCUGCAACCGUCAUUCCGCAACUCAAUAAUGAGUUACUUUCUGAUGUUUAGUAAGUCGCAUGGGGAUGGGGUUCUGUCUCGCUACCAGAACCUGCGGAUGGCGGGACGGAUGUGCGAUGUUGCCUUGGAAGCUGAAGGCAAGGAGUUUCCUGCUCAUCGCGCCUUGCUGGCCUGCUCCAGCGACUACUUCUGGUCCCUGUUCCAGGAGCACACCCUGGAGUCCAGGGUUCGCGCUAUCAGCCUAUCUGCCCUGUCUUCCACUGGCUUGGAGCAGGUCCUGGACUUCAUCUACACCUCGUGGAUUUCGCUAUCCCCCUGCACCCUGGAGGACACCCUGGAAGCCGCGUGCUAUCUCCAGGUCACGCAUGCCGUGGAUCUCUGUGCUCGGUAUAUCUCAGACGGCCUCAGUCUGGACAACUGCUGCUUUUUCGCCAACGUGGCUGCCCGUUACGGCCUUUCAGAGGCGCUCACGGUCACCAACCACUUCAUUGCAUUUAACAUGGCAAAGCUGCUCGGCACCAGCAGGGGUAGGACUGGGCUGCUGGAGCUGAACCUCGAUUCUUUCCGAGAGGUCCUGGGAUCCGAGGAGAUUCCGGGGGUGGAGGAGGUGGCCAUGCUGCACCUGGCUCUGGACUGGCUGGGCUCCAACACCAUAGCCACCCUGGAAAGCAACUCCUUGCUCAGCCGCGUCCGAUUUGGGCUGAUUCCUCCCAGGGAGCUGUCCCGCCUGGGCGCCCUGAAACCAGCCCUGCGCACGCCGUUCAUUCACAGCCUUGUGCAGAAAGCCUUGUAUUACCACAUGCAGGUUGCACUCAAGCCGCUGCUGCAGAGCAUCCAUACGAGCUUGAGAACGACGAGCGGUAGAGUGCUCCUGGUGGGAGGGGGGCCCGAGGCGGACCGGCCCAGGGCGCAGAUCCAGAGCUAUGACCAGCACAGCAGGAAGUUCCGCCCACUGUCCGUCGCCAUGCCAAAGAAGCUCCAGCAUCAAGGCGUUUGCGUGGUGGGGAACUUCCUGUUCGUGAUAGGAGGUGAGCAGGUGGAGGUGGACGAGGAGAGUGAGAAGACGGCAGUGAUGACGACCUCUGACCGAGUGUGGCGCUACGACCCUCGGUUUGAGCGCUGGGAGGAAAUGGAGCCACUGCUACAGCGGAGGGCACAGUUCUCUUGCUGUGUGGUGGAGGGAGUUAUCUACGCCAUAGGGGGACGGGGCCAGAGAGGAGAGCCGGCCUUGUCUUCGGUGGAGAGGUAUAACAUGAGGGCGGGCUGCUGGCGUAGCGGGCCACCUUUGCCCAAUGCUAUCCAUGGUCAAGCCUGCGCUACAGUUGGCACAGGUGUUUACAUCUCAGGUGGUAUCCAUGGCACCCAGUCUGAGAGCAGCAAAGAAGUACUAUUUCUAAAUACCUCAGGACCUGCUGCCUGGAAAAGACGUGCUGCAAUGUCUAUAGCCAGAUUUGGCCACCAGAUGGCGACGAUAAAAGAGUACAUCUAUACCUUCCUGGGCAUGUACGAACCAUUUUGCGACAUUGAGCGCUACGACCCGGAGCAAAACCAGUGGACGAGACUUAAGCCGCUUCUGCAGGACCGCUUUUGCUACGGACUGACAGUCAGUCCAGGAGGGCACGUGCUGCUGUUCGGAGGCAGGAAGUGGCAGGACGGACAGGAAGUGUGCACUGCGAAUGUACUGGAGUACGACCCUGAAUAUGACAGCUGGAGAGAAGUGUGUAAACUGCCUGUGCCAUUAUCUGGGGCUCACUGUGCUGUAAUGACCAUCCAAGAACCUAUAGAGACAUAGGAGGUAAAAGUCCAUUCCAUUCCAUAUGCACACAGAGAACGCCGGGGUUUCCACUGCCUGACUCUCUGCCGUGGGAGACCGAAAAUGAUGGUUUUUCAAUUGGUGCACUCUGAAAUUGGGAGAGGCUGAGAACGGAUGGCAGCUCAAGGGGAAGGAAGGAGAACUCUGACAUAUCCAGAGCUGGUGGACCGUGAGAGAGGUGGAAUGCGAUCAGUGUGUGUGCAGGUGCAAUGGGGUUUGACCUCCUGAAAAUGGAACUGCUCCACAGGCUUAUUAGAAAUGCAAACAGGUAAACCAGAGGAAGUCUGGCACUGGAGACAUGACACCGACACAAAUCCAGAAAACCAUGUCAGCAACAGGAGCCGGGAUGAGCUGAUGGUCCAAAACAAGUCCAAGAUUCCUGCGAUUCCUGCAGUGCUCAGCAGAGCAAAGGACAGAGUUAAGGAUAAGUAUUUUUGAUAGUUGAACAGCAGUAUAUCAUAUCGAGAAGAACCAACAAGGGGAAUUUCACAGUGCAAAUGAGUUAAAAAAUGAAGUGCAAAAAUGCACACAUCCUUGGACAUGAGCUGCAUAUUUGGCCUGGGAUACAGGUUCAGGGCUAGAGACAUGAAGUGUUAUGGUGAGCGAAGGUCAGAGACAGAGAGCUUAGGCAGAGGACAGGAGAGCAGUGGACAAGAAUGAGAAUGAAGAUUGUGAUUAAAAUAGCAUUUGAGGAUAUAAGGUAUGCAAAUGCACUCGAAUUCGGCGCAAGUGUGAAGGUCUCUGAGUGUGUGUGGGAUGAAGCCUAAAGGAGGGGAAAAAAAGCAUAGAUUUAGCAGGGCUCUCUAUAUUUGCAUAGACAAACACUAAAAACAGGCUGCUCUUCUCUCAAAACUCAGCAACAAAACAGACUCUAGAGUGUUUCCCAUUGACAGCUGUAAGACUAGCUUCAAAAAGUUCAGAUGUCAGUAGAAAACCGAAUAGAAGUCAUGGGGGCACUUCUAAAAUGCGUCAAACUGGCUGCGUGUAUUGUGAUUAUUUUGGCAAAAAAUAAAAUUUAUCUGCCUAGAGUGAAA